AUGGGAUCCGUACGCAAUCAGGUUACAAGUGAAAACGCAACCGUCAACGCCAUGUCAAUGUAUGCCCGCAGCUACGACGUGAAAGAGUUGUGGUCGUUAGAUAUAUUAGGCAUACAUGAUCCGAUUGCGCAUAAGAAGUUGAAGGAACACGAAGAAACAGUGUUUGCAGAAUUUUUAGAAACAGUUGUUUUCAAUAGCGAGGGUCGUUAUGAAGUAGAAUUGCCGUGGAAGAAAAAUCACGCACCCCUCGUCGACAACAAAAGUGUGGCCAUUAAACGGUUGGAUUCGUUAGUUACCAAACUAAAGAAGGAAGAAAGAUACAACGAAUAUGACAACGUGUUCAAGGAGUGGCAGCGCGAGAAGAUCAUCGAACGUGUACCUGAAGAAGAAGUAGACGAUUGGGGACACUAUUUACCUCAUCGGCACGUCGUAAAGGAGAACAGCACCACAGUGCUUAGGCCUGUAUUCGACGCGUCUGCAACACAGCCGCCGCACCCAAGUUUAAAUAAGUGUCUGCACAAGGGACCAAAUCUCAUUGAGGAGGUGCCAGCGAUUUUAUUACGUUUUCAAACGAAUAAUAUUGGUGUUGUAGCGGACAUUAAAAAGGCGUUUUUGCAGAUUCUUCUGAAAGUAGUUUUUGGCAUGUGCUGUAGCCCAUUUAUGCUAGGUGCGGUUAUAAAUCUGCACUUAAAAAAUUUACUUUCGGAUAUAAACAGUAAUAAAGAAUCAGUUUUUACGCGUUCUGCAAUUGAAAAACUUUUAAGUAGCUUUUACGUUGACAAUUGCGUCACUAGCAUAAAUACGAUUGACGAAUUAAAUGACUUUAUGUUUCAAGCAAAGAAGGCGAUGGAGCUUGCUGGUUUUGAUCUCCGCGGUUGGGAAUUUAGCGGGGACAACUUAAGUGAAAAUAAGACUCCGGUAUUGGGUUUCGUGUGCCCGAUCACCCUUUGUCCGCGAAUUUUAUUGCAGGAAGCAUGGGCGAAAAAUCUUACGUGGGAUGAAGAUGUCGGUAUAGAGAUAAAGACAAAAUUUCUUAAAUGGUACAACAACUUGAAAAAUUUAG